CGUCUACGGCGGGAGGACCGUGCUAGGCCCCGGGUGGGCAGGGGAUUCCCUCCCGCUAAGGAGCAGGGGGCGCCUCGCAGGUGCGGCGCCCCUGGCUCUGGGAUGCCUCUGCCCGGUCCUGUGUGGGCUGCUGACCGGGAUUAUUUUAACAUUUAACUAUAGCAGCCUGUGCACUCUGAUAACUUCCCCACUGGGUUGCUGCAGUGUGUGCUUGGUGGGGCUUCCCUUGGAAGCUGUCCCGGUGACACAGUGUCACUGCAGCGAGCGGGGACCAUGUCACACCCAUUCUGAAAGUGCUGGACUUGCUGCUGAGGAGUCCUAGACUCAGGUUGAACAUGCCUGUGUUGUGGAUAACGCGCCAAGCUUCCCGAAUAGGGACUCCAGUAUGCUUAAGUCUUAGCCGACAUCUCAGCAACACAACCCCAAGAGCCUCCUACAAAUAUGUAAAUCUAAGAGAGGAGCCGACAGACAUGAAAUCCAUUACUGACAAGGCUGCACAGACCGUCCUGUGGACAGAACUUAUCCGAGGCUUGGCUAUGACCAUGAGCUACCUCUUUAGGGAACCUGCCACCAUCAACUAUCCCUUUGAGAAGGGUCCCCUGAGUCCCCGCUUCCGUGGGGAGCAUGCUUUACGCAGAUAUCCAUCUGGAGAGGAGAGGUGCAUUGCCUGUAAGCUUUGUGAGGCUGUUUGCCCUGCUCAGGCAAUCACCAUUGAGGCAGAGCCCCGUGCUGAUGGCAGCCGCAGGACCACUCGCUAUGACAUUGACAUGACCAAGUGCAUCUACUGCGGAUUCUGCCAAGAAGCUUGUCCAGUUGACGCCAUUGUGGAGGGUCCCAACUUUGAGUUCUCCACGGAAACACAUGAAGAGCUUCUGUACAACAAGGAGAAGCUGCUCAACAAUGGUGACAAGUGGGAAGCUGAGAUUGCUGCUAACAUACAAGCUGACUACUUGUACCGGUGAUGGAGCACUUACUACAACCCUCACACAUCCUCACCAGCCGAAGCCAAGUCUGCAAUAAAGGGCAUGCACUCAU